AUGGACGUACGCUCUAGGCUGUCUGAGAAUUCAAGUUCUUCACAAGAACAAGAUGUUGGCAAAACCGAUACGUCUUCUAAUGACGAAGAAGACGUAAUCACAGAUACAACACGCGAGCCUUUAGUAGGAGUGCCAAAAUUGAGGGGCGAAAAUGCGUUCAGAGUGACCGAAACAAGCACGCGAUGGAAGAGUUUAAUGUUCACCCCCGAGGAAGACAAAUUUCUCAAAGCUGGACUUAAACGGUACGGAUUUGGGCAAUGGAAAGCGAUUCUAACAGACCCCGACUUUCAGUUCCAAAAGGGAAGAACGGCUAACUCUCUUCUGAGCCGAGCCGCUCGAAGAUUUGGAUCAUAUUCAACAUCGAUGCAGCGUUAA